AUGGCGCUGGCCGGAACUAUCGUUAUCGUUUCUAACUUUACCAAUCUAUUUAAUCAGACGGCUAUCAGUUACGAUAGCGAGACUCGUUUGUUUCGUGCGGUAAAGUUUUCUUUUCGGAAAAUAGUGCUACAAUGCGUAGUUAUAUUGAUUGUUGUUUGGUACUGGGUAGCGUUUUACCGGCCGACCGCUGAACAACAAUUCCGGAGACAGUUAAGCACAUUAGAGUUUGUGAUUCGAGUGUUGUACGGAGGAUUUUUCAUUUGUGCCAGUUUUGUUUCGGUGUGGAAUGGGUUGACGCAUAACAUUGUAAUUAUUGACUUGAUCAACAGUUUGUUGAAAAUUGAAAACGAUCUGCGAUGUCAGUUCAGGAGCAAUUUCAACUUCACUGGUAUCAACCGUUUUGUACGAUUUGUGAUUGGACUCACGAUAGUAUUUUACAUCAGCGUUGUCGGAGGGUUGAGUGCCGUAAUUGGAGUUCUAACGGAUAACUAUAAAUUAGUAAUGCCGUCAUUUAUGAUGGGUAUAUUUUCAAUUCCUGGAAUUGGAAAUGUCUUACUGAGUGCAGCCAUAACAUCGGCUAUUCGAGUUUACUUCGACGUGAUAGACAGAGAAAUCAUCAGUAGUAGUGCAGACGAUAUAAUUUCUCACAGAAAAGUGUAUUUAUGGCUGAACUUUCUGGCUCGUGUCAAUGAAACUAGACCGCUUUACCUUACGUAUUUUACCGGUCCAGCUCUAAUGUUGACGGUUUUCUGCAUGAUUGUUUGUAGCUUGCAGUGCUUCGAGUUGUAUCAGCUAAUUGACAGGACGAAGCAAAUUACUCUUCCCGAGCGGAUUCAUAUCGCAAUGACUACCCUGUGGCUAGUUUCAAUAUUGUACCAGUUCAUUUCAGCGGUGCUGGCGGUGGCGAGGACCCACGAACGGGCAAACGAGACGGCACUCUGUACCAGAUACUUUGAUGAUUACACCAUGAAAAAUACAAAGGUGGCGAAACAGAUUAACAAAUUUUUACUGAAGAAUCUUCAUCAGAAGAAAAAAUUUUCAGCGUACGGAUUUUUCGACAUUGACAAUAGCGUUAUCUACACGGUAUUUAGUUCCAUCGUUACCUAUCUCGUAAUUUUAAUUCAGUUCAAACAACUCGAGAAUGAUUUGACUCGAGGCAGCACUAACGUCGGGAAAAACAGAACCGUGACCUAA